UCGUACUAAGUCAAUCAUCUGAACUGAAGACCGCACAACAGGAGUGUAAGAAACCACAAUUUAUCGGGUGAGAGAUACCUUAGCAUUCAAGUCUCGACGACAAUCUUUUAUAUCAGAUCUGACAAUCACGGCGUCGUUUAUUCAAUCCGGCGAGGCCGGAAGUGUUGAGGAAGACUGUGUGAUUUCAUUGGUGCUAACUCAAAUGAAAUGAAGAGUAUCAGUUCACCAGUAAUGCCAUCCGGUCCAUCUCCAACCUUUUUAUGGAGGUUCAAGGUAAUAUUGUUUCUUAUGUGGGGUUUUAGUUGCUGCAAGAUUGGAUGGGAUUCUGUUAUGAGAAUGGGUGUAGACUUGCGUGACUUAUUCUUCUAUGAAGCAUUUUUGUACUAUAAUCCUCUCCUCCUUGUGACAAUGAUGGUUUGGCUCUGGGGAGUAAACUUAUGGGUCUUCUCGCAAGGCAGUGUCAAUUAUACAAAAAUAUUUGAUCUUGAUCAAAACCACCUUACUCACAAGGAAAUAUGGAAGUGUAGCACUUGGAUGACAAUUAUUGUCCCAUCUAGCAUGACAGCAUACCUUUAUCUCUACUCUCAUGGAGAAGUGUCAUUGGCGGCAUCACAACCAGUACUCCUAUAUAUCGCCAUUGCUGUGGUUCUUAUAUUCCCCUUUGAUAUCUUCUAUUUGUCAUCUCGUUACUUCUUAUUGAGGACACUAUGGAGAAUAGCUCUUCCACUUCAGCCAAUUACAUUUCCUGACUUUUUCUUGGCUGAUAUUCUGACCUCCAUGGCAAAGGUAUUUUCAGAUCUGGAGCGUUCAGUCUGUCGAAUGGUUCACCAACAGGUUGCUACAAUUGCAUGGUUUGAAGCUGAUUCGGUUUGUGGAAGUCACUCAAUAGCUAUCCCACUGGUGCUUGUUGUCCCUUAUCUUUGUCGCUUAUUGCAAUGUCUUCGUCAGUACAAGGAUACAAAGGAAAAGACAACGCUUUUAAAUGCUUUUAAAUAUUCAACUGCAGUCCCAGUGAUAUUUCUUUCAGCUCUAAAAUAUCACGUCUUACCUGAUAUGUGGACAUCCAUUUAUCGACCACUUUGGCUUCUCUCUAGUGUUAUUAACUCACUGUAUUCAUUCUACUGGGAUGUAACUCGAGAUUGGGACCUGAGCGUCUUCUCCAGGAUUUUCAAGUUCAACAGACCAAACUAUUGUUCAAACCUGUUAUAUGGGCGGCAAUGGGUAUAUUUCUGGGUUCUUGGAAGCAACCUGAUCCUCCGUUGCUCGUGGACAUACAAACUCUCUGCUCAUCUGCGCCAUAACUACCUGACCGUGUUUGCAGUCACUGUCUUGGAGAUGCUCCGGCGGUUCCAGUGGAUAUUUUUUCGAGUAGAAAACGAGUGGAAUAAAAUAACCAAGACAAGCUUCCAGCUUCCAAUGACUGAAGUACCAAAAGAAGAAGAAAAAUUACUUGCCUCAAUUAAUCAUUGACGUAUAGAGUAUACAGACCUGCCAAUUCCACUCUCCUGCCUUAUAGUAGCAUCAAAUCAAUUCAUUCUUUGCACUGAUCGCAAACAAUUUGCUCUGUUUCAGUGUCAUACUGUAGUGUAGAACUUGCUUUUAGGAGGCUUAUAUAGGUUGAUGAUUAUAUGUGGACCCUAGGCUAUGCUGGGCUAGGUCCAAUUUGAACGUGACUUGGAUGUAUGAUGUAUCAAAUCAAUUCUUUUGAACAUGUCCAAAUUGCGAGGAAUCAGCUUUAUUUACCAACUAACCAUUAUAAUAAUAAUAA